UAUCUUUCUCCCUUUCGCACGCUUCUUUGACCAAAUCACCUAAAUUUGCGAAAUUCUAGGAUUUACGGUCCAAAGGGGGAGGCAGAGGAUUUGUUCUGCCGUGAGAUUUAGCGGGCAUUCAAAUCCCGUUUGACAGGAUUUGGUUUAAACAUGGGUGAAGGCAAUUUAGAAAACCAAGAUAAACUUAUUUUGCGAGGGUUGCAGUUUUAUGGAUUUCAUGGAGUGCAUCCUGUGGAAAAGGAGCAAGGUCAAAAGUUCUUGGUAGAUAUUGAUGCCUGGUUAGAUUUAAGAAUUGCUGGUGAAACUGAUGAUAUAACAGAUACUGUAAGCUACACUGACAUUUACAGAACAACUAAAGAGAUUAUGGAGGGUCCGAGUCAGAAUCUAUUGGAGUCAGUAGCUCACCUGAUAGCAAACACAACACUGCUUAAAUAUCCUCAGAUACAUGCUGUAAGAGUGAAGGUUGGUAAACCUGAUAUUUUAGUUGAUGGUCCUAUGGAUUAUUUGGGUAUUGAAAUACUUAGAAGCAGAGUUAACAAUGAAAAUAAGUAAGAACAGCUUUUCACAUGUAAUGGUUUUCUUUUGUUCUGAACAAACUGUUCAUCUGUGCAAUACAAUCUUCUAUUUGAGUUUGACCUAAUGUUUUGAAAUUUUUAGAA